UCACUUUGAGAACGCUAAUGAAUGAAUUUGACUGUAUCGAGUCCUCCAAUAUGGAUUCACGACUAAAUAUUUAGACUGGUGAAACCGAAGCAGUUGACCAUACAAAGAGUUUUACAGCAGUCUGACAGACAGCUUGUCUCUUUAUUUUUACCCUGUGUAGUGACCACGGACACAGCCACGAUCGGUCCGGGGUUGAUUAUUAACCAGCCAACGGGGGGCAGCAGGGCUUGAGUUCAGGCACUACGCUGUCCAGCCUAGAGAAGCUUGACCAUAUCUGUCUUUACUCUUAUUUUAUUCAUCUCAUCUUUUAAUUCCUUUUGUUCCUCAUCAUCUGUCUCCACAUCACACACAGGCCAGGCUGGUUGUUUGGAAAUGAAGCUGUGUCUUCUUCUUCUCUUGUUUUGUCUCUGCUGCCUGGGACUGACUGAAGAGCCCAGUCCAGGACCUCCUGAUGUUUUCGAUCCUGUAGAUGAAGAGGAGGAGACGGAGGACACGGUUAACAGCUGUAGAGGAAGGCAGGUUUUCAGCCAUGAGGAACAGCGGGUGAUAGGGGGCACCAUAGAGCGACUGGGUUUACAGCUCCUGGAAAAUCUUCCAAUUGGUCCACAGCAGCCGAACGUCAUCCUAUCACCUCUCAGCCUGGCCUUUGCCCUUGCUCAGCUCACUUUAGGCGCUCGCAACAAGACCGAGAAGCUGCUGCUGAAGAGCCUUCACGCCGACAGUCUGCCGUGUUACCAUCAUAUACUGGGAAGCCUUGUACCUCAUUUCAGAAACACAUCGUUGAACGUGGCAGCACGAAUGUACUUGAGCCCAGGAUUUGGAGUGAAGUUGCCUUUUGUGGAGGACUCUCUGGCCAGGUACCAAUCACAGCCUGUUCCUCUGGUCUCUGUAGAAGAGGUAAACCAAUGGGUGGAGGACGUCACCAAUGGUCACAUCCCCAACUUCCUGGAAAGUAUUCCACAUGAAGUGAUGCUUAUGCUCAUGAACGCUGUGUACUUCAAAGGUGAAUGGAAGACUCAAUUUGACCCCCUAGUGACCUCUAAGGGAGUGUUCUACCUGGACAGCCAGAACUCAGUGUCUGUGGACAUGAUGAAGUCUGCCCAUUUCCCUCUCCGCCUGCUGGAUGAUCCAGAGCUGGAAGCACAGGUUGCCAGUUUUCCCUUCAAGGGAAACACCAGCUUCUUAAUUGUCCUGCCAUUGCCAGGCAGGGAAAACGUGUCAUCAGUGCUUCCCAAACUGAACAUCUCCGACCUCUAUAGACGUCUACCUCAGGAGAAAACAAUGCAGGUCAACUUGCCAAAGGUGAAGCUGGAGUACCGCCAGGAGCUCGAGGGGGCGCUGACCAGCAUGGGCCUUGGCUCUCUGUUUUCAGGUCCUGACCUCUCGGGGAUAUCUGACCAGCCUCUGAGGGUGACGGGCGUCCGCCACGCCAGCACCGUAGAACUCAGUGAGGAAGGCGUGGAGGCGUCUGCCACCACUGUUGUAACCUCUUUGCGCUCCAUCUCCCUCUUCUCUGUCAGCUCCCCCUUCCUCUUCGCCCUUGUCGAUGACGCCUCCCUGGCCCCCCUGUUCAUGGGCAUCGUCACAAACCCCGCCCCUGACAUCGACCUCAUGUUCAAUGAUGAUCCCCGCGGCAACAGCACCAUGAGCGACCAACCUAUAACGGACAGUGUCAGGGAAAGAGACAUAAAUAGCAAACACAGCAACACGUCGUGCAGCAAGACGGAGUCAGCAGAAGGCGACAGCGUGCAGUCACGCAGCGCCCCCGCUGGUGAGAAAGAGCAGCCGGAGAGUGUAAACGGACUGGAGGGCAGCAAUUGGCAGAAGAAGACACAGGGAAACAAAACCUGCUCCAAACCAGACGACUCUGUGCCUGCCUGAAGUUUGAAACCUUAUUCCUUAAAGGAAUAGUUUGACGUUUUGGGAAAUAACUUUGGUUUUCUUUCUUGCUGAGAGUUCGAGGUUCAAACUGAUACCACUCUGUAUGGUACAUAUGAAGCUACAGCCAGCAGCCGGGGUUAGCUUAGCUUAGCAUAAAGACUGGAAAGAGGGAAACAGCCAGCCCUGCUCUGUCUAAAGGUAACAGAAUCCAUCUACCAGUGCAUGUAAAGCUCACCGAUUGACAAGUUAUAUCUUGUUUUUUAUUCUCAUCUUAACUCUGCAAGAAAGCGAAUAAGCAUAUUUCCCAAAUGUUCAGACGUUUCCUUUAAAGUAAAUUCAGCACCUUGGUCUUGUGUUGGCCAAAAGGCAUUGUAAUAUAACAAUGAAAAAUACAAAUGCGCUGCAAUUACAGUGAUCAGUAUUAAGUUUUAUAUGAAAGAGUCAAGAAUUUGUAAAACAGAUUGGUGAUGUUUUAUAAACCUUUCACACCAGAUGCGAUAAUAAUUUUAAACGUGUUACAGUGUUCAAUGACUGUGUUUAGCACUUAUGAGACCUGGCAACGCAUUUGAAGUCAGGCUUCACAGCUGAUGAAAGCAAGAACUGCAAUGUACACACACUUCGAAAAUUCCCCUAGAGAAAAACACACGAGACUGUUUCAGUAUUCCUUCCAACGUGUUGUGCGCUGUGAUGUUGUCUUUUUUGGGCAGAUUUACAAUGUGAUGAUUCCAAUUUCCUAUUCAGUCAGGGAAAAUAAAAUGUUGACACAAGAGUGUAUUUGCAUUGUGGGAAAGAGAGUUACAGUAAUUGCUUGGAUUUGUUUGGAGGACUUUAACCUCUCAUGUGGACUCAAUUGGAGCAAAAAAAAAUCCAGCUUUUCUCAAAAAUGAAACCCCGUCCGCUUUGUGCCCUUAGUUAACGCUUGAAUGUUCCUCUGUUUAUUUAAAAUCCAUUUUACAGUUUUAAAUCGUUGCUCAUUUCCUGACUGACACAAACCAGACGAGUAAUGCAUUAAGUGUCAGUUCCUCAUAGUUCUUGGCUUGAUAACAGCACUGUCGGCCUAAAAAGAAGAGCAGUGUAUAUCUAAAAUAAACAGCUGGUACGUUCAGCCAACAAAAAACAAGUUAAAACUAACAAUCACUA